UUAAAAAGUCCAUUAUAGUAAAUGGCAAACUUUCAACUAAAUGACACUUCCAAUUGACAGUUAAGUUUGACAUGUUUCAAAUUUUAUCCGACCUAUAUUUAGGAAUAUUCAAAUGAUCCCGAAAUCUUUAAUUUCUAUGAAAAUACACCAUUCAGAAAUACAAAUAAUUCGCUACUGAAUUCCCUUGUAUUGAAUUUUUUUAUAUUCACUUAAUGAUAUUUGACGUAUUUACAUAACCUAUCGCGAUUAUUUUUAAUUUUAGGUAAGUGUAUAGUUGAUGAUGUGCUAUAAUAAUUGCAUUCUAGCAUAUUGUUUUAGUUUUCCUAUAAUUUUAAAACAAUGACAACUUUAGAAGUCUUAUCAAAAAUUCGUUAUCUAUCUCACUUUACACUUAAAUGAUAAAACUUUUAAAGAUAUUCAAACUUUAAAAUAAUAAAACGUCCACGAGUAGUUAAACAACUUAUAACGAUAGUUCCUAAAUAGACUGUCAAGAGAAUUGACCUAAAUUCUUCACGAAAAACUACAGCAUAUAAUGCAUUUGUCAUGGAGCCUUUUGGCAUUGAUCUUUCUAACUUUUAAAGGUAAAUCUUCCGAAGCUAUAACUUGCUAUAAAUGUGAUUCAGUGACAUUAUCAGAAUGUGCCACAAGCUUAGACAGUGAAACAUGGCCAAUAGAAGAAUGCAAGAGUGGUUAUUCAUGUGCUUCAUCAAUUGUGGAUUCUGUAACCUACCGGGGCUGCAGUUCAAACACUCCCAGAGGUCCUAAAUACUAUAAAACGUGCUCAGAAAAUCUAUGCAACGAGGGUGUCUUCCCCCCAGGUCGACUUAAAUGUCAUCAAUGCAGUGGAAUCAAUUGUGUGCCAAAGCAAAUAACCAAACCGAAACCUUGUGUCAAUUUUGACGAGAAUGACAAUUGUUACACUGACGUUAUUGACGAACAAGAAGUAUACCGAGCCUGUGACUCGGACCCUCAAACUAUAAGAACUCCUACUCAAAUGGCAGUCUAUUGUGAUUUUAAUGGAUGUAAUAAUUUGACAGCAGUAGAGACAUUAACAUGCUCCAAAUGUGACUCAUAUAAUGGAAGAGGCUGUAAAAUGGAUCUUUUCGAAAUUUAUAAUACAUCAUGUGUCAUAAACAAUAACACAACUUGUAGCGAUUUGUCUAUGUUGGGCCAUGAACAGCCAAGCUGCUUUUUGUACACAAAUUUAGACCAUGUUGUGCGGGGCUGUUCAUAUGACAGUGAAAAAUUGUCACUUGAUGCUGAAAAUUUUGAAACUUGUUACUCGAGCUUGUGCAACAAAAACUGUCUCAAGCAACAGAAAUGUAUUAUUUGUGAUUCUCAAACGAAUGGUGAAUGCAUAGGUGAUCCUGGAUUAUUGACAGUUUCGACUUGUGAAGGAGCUGAGGCAUCAUCUUGCCAUUCGUGUGAAUCCAAAGAUGGCUCUGUCCAAAGAGGAUGUGGUGUUCCGUCCCGUACUCCAGAUUCCCGCUGCUAUGAGUGCCAGGGCGAAGGUUGCAACAAAUCCAACUUCACCAAAUGCUACAAGUGUACGUCAGAUGAGAGCCCAAACUGUGGCCAAUGGGCGAAUCCAAAUAUAAUCGAUGUGGAAAGUUGUGAAAUAGCUGGAGCAGGCUGUAUCAGUGCCGUUUUUCCAAAUGGAAAGACACUUCGAGGGUGCGAGAGCCCUCAACUAAAGUGCAAUGGCACACAGUCCAGUUGCUAUGCAUGCUCAGGAAGUUUAUGUAAUAACGGAGUAUAUCCAGCUGUGCGAUUGCAGUGCCACCACUGUGAUGGACGGGCAAAGUGCAGUAACAUUUUUGAUAACUCAACUGUCCUACCAUGUGCUGAAUAUGAUAAGAAUGAUGCAUGUUUCGAGUUCUUGAGCGGAAGGAAGACCAUGGUACGUGGGUGUCGAUCCGACCGGACAUUAUUUUAUGAAUGCCUAUUGGCGACACAAAAUGGUAAUGGCUGUAGACUUUGCGCUGGCUCUGGAUGCAAUAACACCCCGGCAAGUCGACCCGCAUCUCUCAGUUGUCAUAAAUGCUCGCGGGAGCAUCAAGGCUGUUCUUGGUUCCAAGACAAUCGCACUUUGGAGAAAUGUCAAAAUGAAGUGACAUUUUUGACAAUGGAAAGUUGUUUUACUCGUCGGUUUUUAAAUGGAACAAUUAGCCGAGGUUGUAGCUUGGAUUUGAAUGAAAACGAAGUGAGUGGCAGUGUUGAGUUUUUGGAAUAUACUUGUGAUGACGAGGGCUGUAAUGACAAAAGUCAAGUUGCUCAAAAAUGCAUUGCUUGUCGAGGGAAAAUAAUAGAAAAUAAAACAUGUAUAACAGAAGUUGGCUCCUUGGAGAGUGUCCAAUGUGGGGAUGAUUCGAUGAAAUUUGAAGAACGUGGAUGUUACACGAAAAUUGAUGGUGAUUUUAUUGAACGAGGUUGUGCUUCAACUUUAUCAAUUCCUGAACUUCAACAAUGUCAGCAAAGUAGCGAAAAAGAAUGUUUCUAUUGUCAAGGCAUUGAGUGCAACACUUCUUCUAACUUUACUUUCAUAGUUUUACCUAAAAAUUUUGGCUCUCGUAUUAUUUUUCAAACAUCACUUGUUAAGUUUUAUUUUAUAGCAUUUUUAUUAAUGACAUAUUUUAAUAAAUAAACGAAGAUUUUUCCGUAAAUUA